CGUCACAUCCUCCGAGUGUGGACCAAUGGCGGCGCUGAAAGCUAACAUAGCAAAGAGUUGUCUGUUUUGAGAUUGAGUUAUGAAUGCGGUGUAUUGUAUUUAAGAUUAUUUUACGACUGUUUUUGCUGGCAUAUUUUUCCGUUGCAGUAAAGUGUUGCGGUCGGAUAAAAACGAUUUACUACCUAUAGAGAGUGAGCGCUUUAGCGUCGUUAUGUAUCGCGGUGGUAGGCCGCACAGAGGCGGCUAUCAUCCUCCGCCGUCUCGUGGUUUCGAUCCGCAUCCUGGGCCCGACCGCGGAUAUCACGGACCACCCGAUCCCUACCGGCGUCCUUCUCCGCGGAGGAGAUAUUCAUCGCCCGGUGCGAGAGAUGCGCCUCGUGACUAUAGAGGAGGAGGCCGAUCUACGAGAGAGCAUGGGAGGUACAGCCCAUCGCCUCCUCGUGGUGGACUCCCUGUUGACCACAGUCUGGUCAUAACUGUAGGAAAUGAGCUGACCGGGCAUCCACCGGGCCAUACUGGACCAGAAGCUCCCUAUGUUCGUGAUUACGGUGCUGGAGAUCCGCACUACAACAAGCCCUAUUAUUCCCCACGGAGGUCAAGCUAUGACGGCCAAAGCGAUAGGGGCUCAAGACGACGCAGUGUUAGUCGUGGCAGGAGCAGGGGGCGGAGCCGCAGUCCUGGUUAUCCACGGAGCAAAAGUCGGCCACGGAGCAAAAGUCGGCCAUGGAGCAGAAGUCGCAGCUAUAGUCGCGGCAGGAGUCCUGAACGGGCGAAGAGUCGAGGGCGUAGCAAGAGCAGACCUCGUGGGAGGAGCUACAGUAAAAGUCGGAGCAGAAGUCGCAGCAGAAGUGGAAGCCGCAGUCGCAGACAGAGUAGAGCUAGGAGCAGGGGGCGGAGCAGAGGCAGGAGCCGCAGCGUCAGUCGCAGUGCUAGCAGUGGCAGUAGUAGCAGCAACGGCAGCAAUCGCUCAAGUAGGAGUCGCCACAGCUACUCCAACAAGAGAACCAGGCCGGGUGCAGAAAAAGAGGACUUCAGUGAGUUGAAGAAGGCUCGGCGACGCAAGGAAAUUCAGGAUACGCUUGUAAAGCCUGCAAAGUCGAUUUUGAAGAAAAGGGUGGAUUCCUCCGAGACGGAUUCUCCCAUGGUUGCACAGAAUAGUGAUUCUCCUCGAGGAAACCCAGAGGGUGGUCUUUCACACGAGGCCGAACAAAUUCUCUGCGCACUGACCAAAACGAUAGAUCCAGACUUGAUAGCCUCCAUGCUUGGAAAAAGUACAGACAGCGGUGCUCUUGAACAGCUUCUUGGCAAAAUCCAGUCAGCCAAAGAAGGUGGAAGCAACUUGCUCCCUCAUGAGAAAGGAAAACAGGAGCUAAGCGAGAUCCUCGGAAUGAUAGGAGAGGCGGUGUCCCAACCACAAAAUGUAAAGAAGAAUCUUACUGAAAUUGAAGAUGAAGAGAAAUUUCUCUACGGUGAUGAAGAAGUGGAUCAGGACAACCAGGUGAAACGCGCCGAUUCCAGCUUCCCGAACAUGGGAUUCCCACAGUCUCAUGAUGUUCACAGAGGAGAACGUGAUGCUUUUGGUCGUGCCGAAAAAGAUGACGUGAGCGAGAACAGUCAGCCUGACAGGCGUCAUUCUUCGGCCACACCUGAGGUCGAGGAACAACUUGACUUCCCUCCUGGUGUUGGGCCUCAGGAUGACAAGGUGAGAAAGGAAGUGGAGGAGUAUGAGAAGAUACAGGAUUUACUAAAGACAAUCGGUCUGGACUUGGGCGUGGCUGAGAUCAGCAAGAUGGCGGUUAGGACACAGGAGCGUCUCCACGGCAAAGCCCCCGUGCAGAAGACCCCCACUCUCCGGCAGUCUGAUAGAAAGCACAAGAGCCGCAGCAGGAGUUACAGCAGCAGCAGCAGUGGCAGCAGAAGCUCCAGCAGGAGCCGCAGUAGAAGCUACGACCGCAGCUCAAGUCGCAAUUGGAAGAAGCCAGUUUCACCAGAGCAGAGAUCUUCACGGUCACAAAGCCAGAGCAAGAAUGAGAGUCGACCCAGCGUUACGCAAAGCGCGUGGCCGACUACACCCCCUGUGGGUCCCGUGACGCAGCCGUUUCCUCCACGACCCCCCGGCCUCCCGCCACACCCGAUGCCUCCGUACCCUCCGCCAGGCCCACAGGGGGUAAUGCCACCCGAAUACCCUCCACACGGUUACGAUCCGUAUGGCAAUUACAUUCCGUACAUGCCUCCGCGAUGGCCAAUGUAUCCACCUCCAGGUAUGCCUGUUCCUCCUCAUGGUCCUAUGGAUCCCUACGGCCCUCCGAAAUUAGAGAGGCCGUUUCUUAAAGUGAUUGAAACGGGAGCGAGUGAGGGAAAAGGCGCCGAUAAAAAAGUACCUUCUAAAUUGGAUGCUGUGGCCAGUGGGAGUCAGAGGAAAGCUUUAGAAGCCAAGAACACUGCCAGCCAAAAACAAAAGGUCAUUGAAGAACUUGACAAGCUAAAUGAGGAAAACAUAAUACGAAAGCAGAAAAAAGAAAACCUACUGAAAGAGGUGGAGACAUUGAGAAAGCAGCAAGGAGAGCUGCUUAGGAAGAAGCGGAGAGAGAAGGACGGACACAAGGACCCUGUUCUUAUAGACCUCGGUCGGCUUCAGGAAGAUACGAUGGUCCAAAUCUCCAAACUAAGAGCUGAACAGAGAGAGUCGGAUAAAAAACACGAAGAGCUUGUCAAAGUAGCGCUUAUCCUUGGUAUAGAUUACAAAGAGUCCAAGAAUUCUGGGGAUCACGUGCAGCCGACCUCUCGGAGUAGGAAGGAGUCAACCAGAAGCCCAGAGAAAUCGGUGGCCAGCACAUCGCAUAAUAAGGUUGUCGCAUCAAAAUCAGGAGCGUCUCCUGAAAAAGUCAAGUCGUCACCUCCGUCGAAAAGCCGUUCUCUGGACACUGCUGCUGAACAAUUUGAAUACUACGACGCAGGAAACCACUGGUGUAAAAACUGCAAUCUCACCAGUGGUUCACUGUUUGACUUUUUCACGCAUUUACACAACAAAAUACAUAGAAAGACUCUAGAUCCCUAUGACAGACCUUGGGCAAAAUCGGAGAGUGACAAGAAACAUCGAGGAGGAGAGAAGACAUCAAAGCCAGCCAAGGGUUCUGAGUUUUUGAUCCCUGUAAGGGGGUUCUUCUGCCAGCUAUGUGAAGAGUUCUUUGGCGAUCCCAUUUGUGCUGAAGCCCAUGUUACCACUCAUGCGCACAAUGAGAAAUACAAGGCAAAAAUGUAUGAGAAUCCCCUCUAUGAACAAAGGAGAAAUCUGGAUCGUCAGGCUGGAUUGGAAAGCCAAAAGAAUUCAGAGCAUAAACGAAAACGUGGUGGUGGUGGUGGUGAUGAUGAUGAUCAAGAAAAUGUGAAGAAACCUAAACACUCCAAAAAGGGUGGGAAAAAAGGUGUAGAAGAGGAGGGAAAAUCACAUUACAGCAAGGAUGAGGAUUACAAGAGUUUAAAAGAUGAGAACAAACUCAAAGAGGAGCGAUUGAAAUACCUGAAAGAUGAUGUAUAUAAACAGAAAUACAUAGAGGAUGAUGAGAGAAUUAAGUUAAAAAACGAAGAGGAAGAGAGAACAAAAUAUAAAAAAGAGGAAGACGAAAGACACCGAUUUAAGAAAGAAGAUGAAUACACAUACAAGUACAGGAAGGAAGAAGUGGAAAGAUGUAGGUACGAAGAGGACAGAUACAAAAACAAGGAUGAUGAACGGUAUAGAUAUCGGGAAGAGGACGACAGAAAUCGCUUCAGAAAGGAUGACGAUAGAGACCGAUACAGUAGAGAAGAGGAGAAGCCAAGGUACGGCAGAGAAGAAGAUGUGAAGUACAAAUACUCUCGGGAGGUUGAGGAGAAAAAGUCAAAAUACAAAGAUGAGGAGUGGGUGAAAUGGCCAAAAUCAAAAUGGGAGGAAGGGGAGGAAAGUAACGGAAAGUACGGAAAGAAGGACCAGAAGGGCAAAGCUGGGUUUUGCAAAGAUGACAAGGAAAGCACCGGAAAGCCCAAUGCUAAAGACGCAAAAGCUGAGCCGGAGAAACCCAGUGAGCCCCCCAAAGUCUUAUGUGGGCCAAGCCCGGCCUUGCUGGCUAAACUUCGCAAGAAGAACGAGGAAGGUGCUGCUCGGUCCGGCUUUGGAAAGUUCAGUUUGAAAAAGCCGCAGAAGACAGCACUAGAGAAGGAGGCUGAGAGAAUAGCCGCACAAUUCAUAAAAGAAGAAGAAGAAAGUGCGUCGACGGUAGAUGAUGAUGACAGAGACCCGUUUACCAAAUCUGUGGCAGCGGCGAAGUCUAUUGCAAUCAAAUUGUCAGGAAAGUCUGUGCUCCCACCCUCCAAUGAAUGGCUAGCUUACAACGAAAAUAAAAGUAGUCCUAACUUGCCUUCUCCGGCUGCUCCUUUGGUUAUUAGAAAGUCCUUCACUGGUGUGCAGAAUAAACCAAUGCUGCCUAAUAAACCACCUACUGCUAACGAAUCUUCUGGACCUGUAAUAGGACGACAGACUCAAAAACCAGCUUUGUCAGCAGACCUCAUCUUCAAGGCAUUUAGUGGUGAAGAGGUGCAAUUAAAAAAACAACAAGGCCCCUCUUCUGAACCUGUAGAUAUGUUCAAGGUUUCUGCUCCACUUUCAUCAUCCACUGCAGCAUCACAACCUGUAAAAACCACCCAGAUAAAACCCGUUUCCAAUGAAUGUGUUGUUACUCUCGAGUCUGAUGUGGCUGCUCCUGGAGUGCCCGAAGAGGAGCAGAAGCUCACUGUAGUGCUUCGUCCUCCUCCUCAGCUUUCUUCCAAUGCUAAAGACCCUUCCCCAAAAACUUUAAAGCCUAAGACUCUUGCAGCAGGAAAAGCAAAAGAUUUGUUUGACAUUUUCUACAGUGGCAGCACCACUGUGAAAAGUUCUGGUAGUGCUAAUCUUGGCGGCAAACAAGAAUCUGGCUUUAAAUCUCCGAACAAUGACUCGAGCAGUAAGAAGGCCCCUGAAAGGAAUGAAACCAGCAGCAAAGGAAAACCUGAUGGCAGUGCUGAUCUGGUCAAAGAACCCUGCAAGAACCAGAACUUGGAAGUUGCAAAGUGUCAGGAAACUCCCAAAAAGCAAGAACUAGAAGUUGCAAAGAGUGAAGAAGUUCCUAAGAACGAUGACUCAAAAGUUCAACAAGCAUCUGAGGAUGCUAACUUGGACAUCUCUGAGGUGGAUGAAGUACUGAUGGAAGUUCAUAGUGGGGAUAUUAUCCAAACAAAUAAUGACCUAAAGGAAAGCCCUGUGGAAUCUGAGGGAAACACUUUGGAAUCUCAAGGAAUCCCUCUUGAAUCACAGAAAAUCCCUCUGGAGUGUGAGGAAAGCCCUCUUGAAUCGCAGGAAAUCCCUCUGGAAUCCGAGGAAAGCCUUUUUAAAUCACAGGAAGUCCCUCUGGAAUCUGAGGAAAACACUCUUGAAUUGCAAGCAAUCCCUAUGGAAUAUGAGGGAAACACUCUUGAAUUGCAAGCAAUCCCUAUGGAAUCUGAGGAAAGCCCUCUUAAAUCACAGGCAAUCCCUCUGGAACCUGAGGAAAGCCCUCUUGUAACACAGGGGAUCCCUCUAGAUUCUGAGGCAAUCCCUCUGGAGUCUGAGGAAAGCCUAUUUAAAUCGCAGGAAGUCCCUCUGGAAUCUGAGGGAAACCCUCUUGAAUUGCAAGCAAUCCCUCUGGAAUCUGAGGGAAACACUCUUGAAUUGCAAGCAAUCCCUAUGGAAUCUGAGGAAAGCCGUCUUGAAUUGCAGGCAAUCCCUCUGGAACCUGAGGAAAGCCCUCUUGUAACACAGGGGAUCCCUCUGGAAUCUGAGGGAAACACUCUUGAAUUGCAGGCAAUCCCUCUGGAACCUGAGGAAAGCCCUCUUGUAACACAGGGGAUCCCUCUGGAAUCUGAGGGAAACACUCUUGAAUUGCAGGCAAUCCCUCUGGAAUUGGAGGAAAGCCCUCUUGUAACACAGCGGAUCCCUCUGGAGUCUGAGGCAAACCCUCUGGAGUCUGAGGGAAACCCUCUGGAAUCUGAGGAAGCCAUGUCUUUCUCCCCCCUUCCGGGUUCUUUUACUGAGCAACUGAACUUGGACACGUUUGAAUUCAGUUUCGAGCCUUUGUAAAGGACCUCCCACGAGUAGGUUUAGGGAUGUACAUGUUUCAUCUGAAUGUAAAUAACAAUGAAUUUAUUCUUUCCUUUUCCUUAAAUCCGGUUAGAUUGUUUCAUGUCUAUUCUUAACCUUUUGGCAGGUAAUGCUAGUGAAAGCGUGGACUGAAAAGCAUUCAUUCUGAAGUGGGUGCUGGGAAGAGAGUGAAAACUUUCAUGAAGUAAUGAAUUUUAAUACCUGUUAAAGUGUAGCUGUAUUCUUGUCAAAAGCACCUUGUGUUGAGUUUUUUGUUCCUUAAUCUGUUUCCAGCAGAAAUCAUUCCUUUCAUACAAAGGUAAUGUAAAAAAAUAUGAGUGUGCAUCAGACAUUUCAGACUGUAUAAAACCAUUUCUUCUGUUCGUUCCAUUUAAAUGAAUGAAGAUAUUUUAAUACAGGAGCCACAAAGAUCCAGGCUCAAAGAAGAGAAUUGGUGUGGAGUUCUGCUUCAAGGACACAUGCAUAUGCUUUCACAACUCUAACCAGAAAAUGUCAAGCUUGGCCUGUAUAAUUCUUACUGUAAUGUGUGUCGACAUGUUUUCUUUGCCCUUUGUCUUCUUUAAAAAUGGAAAUCCUGUGUUGUUGGCACUGUUCAUGUUACCCUGCUAGUUUAGUAUCUACAGUACAAAUACAUUGUUAUGUAAUUGCACAAGUUUUGCUGUAGCUCAAAUAAAUCAGCAACCUAUUGUGUUUGCUUCUCGUUGCUAUUA